AUGGGAAAGGUGAAGAAGGAGAGGGCGGGCAAGGAGGCCCGCCAACAGGCCGCCCCGAUGCAUGAGUUCCAAAUGAACAAGAGCUUUGGUCAGCACUUGCUCAAGAAUCCCCAAAUCAUUGAAGGAAUUGUCACCAAGGCCAAGCUGAAGUCCACCGACGUGGUGUUGGAGAUUGGUCCCGGUACGGGCAAUCUUACGAUGAAGAUGCUGCCCCUGGUGAAGAAGGUCAUCGCCGUAGAGCUUGACCCGCGGAUGGUUGCCGAACUCCAAAAGCGCGUGCAGGGAACUGCCCACGGACACAAGCUCGAGCUCAUCCUGUGCGACUUCAUGAAGGUCAACCUGCCCUACUUCGACGUCUGCGUCGCCAACGUGCCCUACCAGAUCUCCUCCCCUCUCGUCUUCAAACUGCUCUCCCACCGGCCCGUGCCCAGGUGCGCCGUGCUCAUGUUCCAGCGUGAGUUUGCCAUGCGUCUGGUCGCGCCGCCCGGCGAUCCCCUCUACUGCCGUCUCUCCAUCUCGAAGCACAACUUCCGGCCGCCGCCGAAGGUGGAGUCGUCGGUGGUGCGGAUCAAGCCCAAGAACCCGCCACCGCCCAUCAACUUCGAGGAGUGGGACGGUCUCGUGCGGCUGUGCUUCACGCGUAAGAACAAGUCCCUGUCCGCCAUUUUCCGCGCCAAGUCGGUGAUCGACCUGCUCCAGAGCAACUACAGCACCUACUGCGCGCUCAACAACGUGAAACUGCCGGAGGGCUUCGACCUUAAGACGAAGGUGAUCGAGAUUUUGGAGCAGAACGAUUUCCUCGAGAAGCGUUCCUCGAAGCUCGACAUCGACGACUUCCUCCGGCUCCUGUCCUGCUUCAACCAGGAGGGCAUCCACUUUGCUUGA